AUGAAUCAGCAUGCACAAUAUGGGAACACUUACAACCCAAAUUGGAAGAAUCACCCUAACAUCUUCUGGGGUGGAAAUCAGGCAACUCAAAAUCAUUAUAGACCCCAAGGAAAUUACAGUCAACCUCAGAAGCCACCCCAGCAAGUUGAGGAGAGUACAAAUGACUUGUUAAAGAAGUUGUUGCUUGACAAUCAACAACUCAGGACCGAUUUCAAAAAUCUUGAGAGGCAAGUUGGGCAGUUAGCAUCAAAUCAAAAUAACAGGCAUGCAGGCGCUCUUCCUAGUGAUACAGAGAAGAACCGUCAAGUCAAUGCAGUCACACUCAGAAACGGGAGGGAAUUAGAAGAAGUGCCAAAGAAUAGAAGAGAUAAGCCUACACCUGAGGGGGAGUUGAUUCCUAAGGCAACACCCGAGUCAAAUAAAGAUGAUGCAAGUUCAGAGCCAUACAUCAAAGAUAUAGUGGCUCACAAGAGGAUAUUGACUGAAUUUGAGACAGUCGCACUUACUGAGGAGUGCACUUCGAGGGUCCAAAACAAGCUUCCACAAAAGCUUAAGGACCCUGGUAUCUUUACCAUCCCUGUGCGGAUUGGUAAUAUUGAUAUGGGGUGUGCUCUUUGUGAUUUGGGGGCGAGCAUAAAUUUAAUGCCCUUGUUCUUGUUCAAGAAAUUGGGUCUGGGAGAUCCAAGACCAACCACUGUGAUGUUGCAACUAGCUGAUAGAUCCAUAGCUUACCCUGAAGGAGUGAUGGAAGAUGUGUUGUUGCAAAUUAGGAAAUUCAUCUUCCCAGUGGACUUCAUUAUCCUAGAUUAUGAGGCUGAUGAACAAGUUCCAAUCAUAUUAGGACGACCUCUCUUGGCUACAGGUGAUGCAAUUAUUUAA